AUAAAGUAACGAGUAACGACAGUGUGAUAGUAUAAUUGUUAUUGUUAAGUUGCAAAAACAAGAGCAUUAAUAUAUUGCACUUAAACAGAAUAUUUAUACUGCACCUGUUUUGUAUCUUAGAUUUCUCGUUUGCCUUUUACCUACUUGUUUUCAUUUCCUCAUAAAUAAAGUAUUGACUAUAUACACCUAAAAAAAGUAAUUAGGAGAGAUAAGUUUCAAUUGUAAUUAGAACUGGGCUUGAGGCAUUAUAGUUUUAUAUUAUUUACAGGUAGGUAUCAUAUUAAAAAAUAUAAAAAUGCCAUCAAUUCCUGGAAAGUACCAACAUUAUAAAAAUGAAGAUAUUGAUGAUUACUUCAUAGCAGUAGGUGUUCCUUAUAUUGGAAGGAAGAUGAUGGCAAUGUCAUCCCCUCUUAUGGAAAUAACAAUGGAUGGUGACAGUAUGGUAAUUAAAAAUUCAUCUUUGCUUCGAACAGUAGAAACGAAAUUCAAAUUAGGCGAGGAGUAUGAGGAACGCAUGCCUAAUACAAGUAUUAAGAGUGUUACCAAACUUCUAAAUGACCAUGAACUUGAAACUUUAUCUACUAUUCCUGAGAAUGGUGCAAAGUGUGGGAGACAUUAUUUAUUUACAGAUGAUGAAUGUAUUAUUACUUUGACCCAUGACAAGGCACAAACUCCAGGUAAAAGAUACUUUCGCAGAGUUACUUCUUAAACCAAAUGGACUUUGAAUUUUAUAAAAGAAUCUUAAAACGAGUAUUGUUCGGAUAAUAUUAUUGAUUGUAUUGUUGUUUAAAGAAAAGACAAUUUUAUACAUAUUUAUUAUGUUUAUAAGUUAUAUUUUUUAUUGUUGUAAAUUUUUCUAAUUUUUUAAUAAACGUUUACAUUUUAAAAUGUAA